CUUUGGUGGAGGUUAGGGGAUCUUGUGUGAACGACUCGGAGGAGUUUGAGGCACCGAGGAUGUACUGCAGUGGAGAUGGGGGAUGGCUGGUGCCCAUUGGACGCUGCGUCUGCAAGCCAGGCUUUGAGGAGAACAAGGACUACUGUCAGCCCUGCAGGCCAGGUACCUACAAGGCUUCUUCCAUGGACGCCUACUGCACCAAGUGUCCUCCACACAGUUUCUCCCAUCAGGAGAAAGCCUCUGAGUGCUCCUGCGAGAAGGGAUUUUACAGAGCUGACAUGGACCCACGGUCAAUGGCCUGUACCCGACCUCCGUCUGUAGCCGAGAACCCUAUCUCCACCCUCAACGACACCUCUGUGACUUUAGAGUGGAGUCCCCCCAGAGACACCGGCGGCCGAGGGGACGUCACCUACAACGUCCACUGCAGGAAGUGCGCCAGUGAUGGCAAGACAUGCAACCCCUGCAGCAACAGCGUCCACUUUGUACCUAGACAGUUUGGUCUCUCAAUCCCUAAAGUGUUGAUCACGGACCUGUUGUCCAAUACCAACUACACCUUCAGCAUAGAGGCGGUGAACGGAGUGUCCGAUCUGAGCCCGACCCCUAAACAACAAGUCACUGUCAACAUCACCACCAGUCAGACAGUGAAUGUGAUCCUGAAGGAGAGAAAGAGUAAAGACAGUAUCACACUGGCCUGGCAGGGACCCGACAGACCAAACGGGGUCAUAGUGGAAUAUGAAGUGGUUUACUAUGAGAAGAACCAAAGAGACCAGAACUACACGGUUCUGAAGACCAAAGCCCACACAAUGACAGUGGAAGGACUGAAGCCGGGCACCACCUAUGUGUUCAGAGUGAGGGCGCGCACUGAUGGAGGCUAUGGCAACUACUGUGGAGAGAUAGAGCUGGAGACCAGUCAUGAGGAUAUGCUGGCCAUUGGGGACCCUAACCAGUCCACAAUCCUUGCCGUGUCCAUAGCCGGUGGCAUUGUGCUCCUUAUCUUCCUGGUGACGUGUUUUGUAGUGAGCGGACGACAUUGUGGGUACAUUAAAGCGAAGCAAGAACCAGAUGAAGAAAAAAUGCAGUUUCAGAACGGGAGAGUGAAAUUGCCAGGAAGCAGAACAUACAUUCACCCCCACACCUACGAGGACCCAAAUCAAGCCGUCCGAGAGUUUGCCAAGGAAAUCGAUGCCUCCACUAUACAUAUAGAGAGAGUAAUAGGUGCAGGGGAGUUUGGUGAGGUUUGCAGUGGCCGUCUGAAGCUUCCCAGCAAGAGAGAAAUCUACGUGGCCAUCAAAAGUCUAAAGGCAGGAUACUCAGAGAAGCAGAGGCGGGACUUCCUGAGUGAGGCCAGCUUCAUGGGCCAAUUCGACCACCCUAACAUCAUCAGACUGGAGGGAGUCGUUACCAGAUGCAAGCCCGUGAUGAUUAUAACAGAGUACAUGGAGAAUGGAUCGUUGGAUACUUUCCUGAAGAAACAUGAUGGGCAGUUCACAGUCAUUCAGCUGGUGGGGAUGAUGCGUGGAAUUGCUUCAGGAAUGAAGUAUUUGUCUGACAUGAGCUACGUCCACCGUGACCUGGCGGCACGCAACAUCCUGGUGAACAGCAACCUGGUGUGCAAAGUGUCUGAUUUCGGCCUGUCCAGAGUGCUAGAGGAUGACCCUGAAGCUGCGUACACCACACGGGGUGGAAAGAUUCCUAUUCGAUGGACUGCUCCUGAGGCUAUAGCGUACAGGAAGUUCACCUCAGCAAGUGACAUUUGGAGUUAUGGCAUCGUCAUGUGGGAGGUGAUCUCAUACGGAGAGCGGCCUUAUUGGGAGAUGUCUAAUCAAGACGUGAUUAAAGCUAUAGAUGAGGGUUACAGGCUGCCUGCUCCGAUGGACUGUCCCAUAGUCCUCCACCAGCUGAUGUUGGACUGCUGGGAGAAGAGCAGAAGCGAACGGCCCAAAUUCGGGCAGAUCGUCAAUACUCUUGAUAAACUGAUCCGCAACCCCAACAGUCUGAAAGAGCUCGUCAACAGCUCAGUCUGGGAAGACCCCACGACCCCAGAGUUCAGUGUGAGUACGGUGGAUGAAUGGCUGGACGCCAUCAACAUGGGUCAGUAUAAAGACAACUUCGCCAGCGUGGGCUACGUUUCUCUAGAUUCCAUACUGUACAUCAGCUUGUGUGAGUUAAGCAAGAUGGGUGUGACUCUGGUUGGGCACCAAAAGAAGAUUCUCUCGGCCGUCCAGAGUUUGCACGCACAGGGUACUCAUGUGCAAGUAUAACAAGCUUUCUCCACCGCCUGCGAGUGUACAGACUGAGAGAGUUACUACUACCACAGUCCCAAUCAGCAGCUUCACUGUACAGUUCCCACUCUGGAUGUUUCCACAUACAACCCUUUUGUCAGCGCUCUGGCUUCCGUCCAUGCACGUCCGAGCUUCCUACAGGCCGAGAGAAACACCGAGACUGAUCUACAAUCGCUUGAAAAGGCCACGGCAAAUCAGAUAUGAAGUAUGGUUAUUAAACACGACAGAGAAACAAAAAUGAAACAAUAAUACAUUAGGGAAAAUUCACAGCUUGUGUUUACAGUUUCAACAUUUGUUUCAUACUUGCCGUUUUGCAUAUCAGAGGUCUGACUGUUGUUCUUAAAAGGAGGGUUGUUGUUUCUUUUUGUCAUAUCAAUGUUUGGUAUAUCAGUAUGUUCUCUUACAUCACUUAUAAGCCACAUCAGAUGAUGUUUACAGUAUAUUUAUUUUGUUAUAAAUGAGGCAGCAUUUGAGCACAGAUGGAUUCAGGUCGCAGCAUCCAGUAUUCAGACGGAAAGGCAACAGAGGUUUGCGUUCCACCAGCAAAGAUGGCUGGAAACAUCUGCAACGACAAAAGAGACAUCUAAGGCCAUGUCGUGCACAGGACAACAAGAUAAGCUGAGAAAUAAUAGCUCUCUACUCGUCGCCGUGUCGCUUAUGCAAACAGUGCAAACAUUUGAAUAAGAAACCGUCUGACUUCUCAAACACACUUCCAGAUGUCUUAAAUAAAUUAGAAAUGUUAUUUCUGUCCAUUCGCCACACAGAUAUGCCAAUGUGUUGUACCACUGCAAGGUUUGUGCACAUCAGAUCAAGCAAAGACAACUUCAAAAGUUCAUUAUGUCGUGCACCACGUUUGCUUUACGUUUACACUCGUAGUGCGUGAUGACUUUUGUACUAUAGUGUAUAAAAUGUAUAGUGUUGAUUUAAAAAAAAAAAGAAAAGGAAGAAAAACAUAAAAAACUAGAAUGUUUGUAAUGAUGUACUUUUAUUUAGUAUGAAUAGGAGGAAGUGGCUGUGUGGUGGCGUUAUCACCGUCGUUUGCCGAUGUGCGAUAAUAACUCAUCUCUGGAAUGUAGCAUGGAUCCUAAGCUUCAUCUUUGAUUGACAGGUGACAGUGACUGCAGUUUUUCACUCAAGUGGUGCCCCUAGCUGCUUGACAUUAGAUGCCUUAUUAACUGUGCAGUUCUCUCUCUCUUUCUCAUCCUCCCCUUAGAAAGGAUAUCAUGAAGUAUAAUGUAUAUAGUAUUUAUCAUUGCAUCACUGAGAAGCUGGAGCUUGAUGUUAAAGCCAGGCGUUUUCCACUGUUUUAGUCUGAUGUUUGUGGAAACGUGUUCGAUCUGCACAGGUGCAUGUGGUAUAGUGAAGGAGAGGUUUUCAUGACUCUGUUGGGCUGAACUAAAUUCCUCAUGCUAACCUUAAUGAGACUGAUUUGCUGCACUGUAUAUUUUUGUACUAGUGAGGUUGUUCUGUAAAGUAGAAGUCUACCUGUUUUAUUUAAAUAUAUGUGAGACAUAAUUACAGGAACAGAUGGAAAUGAGAGAUAAUCAUACUUCAAAUCAUGAUUCCCUGACGUCAUUUCAUAUUUUGAUUCCUUUUAUUUCAUUGAUUGUUUCAAUGCUUCAGCUCAACACUGUAACUAAUCACAAGACUUACUUGGAAUCUAGGGUUUUUUCUUCCACAUUUCCUGCACUGCUUUUGUGGGAAAAUCUGUGGAAUUUUGCUGAAAGGAUUUGAAUAUGCUAAAAUACCUUUAAUCAGAAUGGAAUCAUAAUGAGUCAAAUUUAAUAUUCUGUGGCCACAGAUUCUGUGUGGGUUUACCUAAGCACACAUAACCACAGUUCCUUUCGUCAAUUUUUAAAGGAAAACCCAUCAUCAUCUGUUAUUAGAAUAUGUUUAACUGGAUACUUUUCAUAAAAGGUGAAAAUUACAUCUCAAGCCAUGUUUAAAAUGGUGACUUAUUUAGUUCCCCUAUAAUUAAAACGGCGUAGACAACAAUACAAAUCAUCAAUCAAAAAUAUAAUUCAUACUGAAAAAUGCAAGGAACACUACUAUUGCACUUUUCUUUCAUUUUUCCCCAUGCAUAUUUUAAUGAGAGAGAGAAAAAAAGCUCUUUCUUAAAGAAGUGAUUAUGCAUUUAGAUUAAUUGAUUAUUUUAAUGUAUAGGUUAAUGAACCUUAUACACUAAAUCUGAGAUUUCAGUAUGUAAAAUAAUUGCAGAAGGCCAGAAACUCAUCCAUUUUUAUGCUCAUUUUUCAAUCCAAAAUUAAAUCCAUUCAACUCUGUCUUGGGAGGCAAUAUGCUGAUGUUGCGAAAUUUGCUGCAGAAAAUUGCAUUGAAAUAAUAAAAACAUGAUAACGAUGAUAGUGAUGGUGACGAUUAAUAGCGAAAUGAAUGACCAUUAAUAAAACAUAAGCUCCACUUUCUACUACUGCAACAUAAACUUUCCAGUUUUGCAAAUACAGCUAUGUAAAGAAUUUUAUAUAUCUACUCACCAAAUGAAUCAAAACAGGUGAUUUUGUGACUGAACAGUGUUAGUGGCAGGAUGUGGAAUGUUGUUAAUAUGAUAGAAGAUGAUAGAUGAGUCUUGCUUAUAAAUUGUCUAUCGAGUUGUUGUCUUUUGUUCUGCCCUGGCUCUGUACAUGUGUUUGAGCUGAUCCUUUUUUGUAAGCUAUGUGCCCAUCUCUCCACACACUGCAGGUUUCUAUGAGCUCGCAAAAAAAGGGUGUACGCAUUGAGAUUCUUGUCGCUGUAAUAAAUGCUAAUAUUUUUAAUUUC